ACAAUAUCUCUCCAUAGACUAAGAAUAGAAAAAAAAUUUUUCGCAUCAAAUUUAUUAUUAUUAAGUUGAACUAAGAAAAUUAAUACUGUAGUUGGAAUAGAGUCAUUAUGACUAAAAGGAAGCUGUUUGCACUAAAAUAUUUUGGAUUUAAUAAUUAUUACAAACUACGUCAAGCGAUAAACUUGUCAACAAAGAGGGUUGUAAAAUGAUUCCGUGUAGCUAGAAAGCUGCGGUUUCUUUUGUUUGAAAGAAAACAGAUAUAUUUAGGUUAUUUUAGUAGUAAAUUAAUUGGAACUUUUUAUUUACUUUUAUUUUUACAUUCUUUUUUUCGUAAAUUUAAAAUUAAAUUAUUAUUUUUAAUUUUUAUUUUAUUUGAAAUUUAACAGUCGUAAACUGAUAUAUUUAUGACAGAAAACAAAAAACAGAUUGAUUCUAGCGCCAGUUUGAAACGAGAUAUCGCAAUUUUAAUAAUUAUAUUUAAAAUAUUCAGAUUUUCCGCUGCACUGCAUUAAUCACUUUUGAUUCAUUUCUGAACAUGGGGUAAAACUGACGGGCCAUAAAUAUAAUUUAGGUAAGAAUGGUAACCACAUUUAUGAUGGAUUAGUGUCCUGCACCUGGCAUGUUGACGAUCUGACUCACAAAUUCUGAGAAAUGGUGGAGACGCCCGGACAGGAGUCGAACAAAUUAAGACCUGCCUGGCCAUUUGUCACGUGUGCGUAAUAGUCUUCUGUCCCCACCUCUUUAGUCUUUGGUCAGAGUGGAUACAGAACAAAGCACGUGGUAGUCUAGCUUGCCUUAUCUCAAACACGAUUCAUUGCGGGCCUCAGAAUUUUUGGCACAACGAGACAUUGUUUUGCAGAGUGAACAGUAUGGCGCCGGGCAUUAAACGCAAGGUCAAUUGCAAGAAUCGUCAAUUUCAAGAAGUGUGGACUAACAAGUACUGUUUUGUGCAACAGAACAACAGCAUUGCCAAAAGAAUUCAACCUGAAGCGACAUCAUGAAAGCCAACACAAGGAUUUCCUUCUGCAAGAUACGGAACGUGAACGGAAAAUCGAAUCGUUACGACGAUCACUAAUCAGUCAACAAAAUAUGUGUUCAAGAAACAAUCUGGAGAAUUGGAUGCAGCUGUUGAAGCCAGCCUAGAAAUAUCUGCUUUAAUAGCCAAGAAUGGGAAACCUUUCACAGAUGGCGAUAUGAUAAAAAAGUGUCUUAUCAUCGCAAGUGAGAAGAUGUGUCCUGAGAAGACAAAGUGUUUUCAAACAAUCAGUCUUAACCGCAUGACGAUACAAUGGAGAAUCUCGGAAAUUGCAGCAGACAUUUCUGGCCAACUUAAAAUUAAUAUUUUAGUUGCAAACUGUGCUUAUUUUUAUUUUUCCAUAUCAUCAACGGCACAAGUGAUUGUGUUUAUUAGAAGUGUUUCACUAGAUUUUAUUGUGAAUGAAGAAUUUCUUGGCAUGGCAUCACUUUCCAGACAUACAACUGGUGCUGACUUACUUACUGGUUUAUUAAGCAUUUGCAACAAAUCAGCACUGGACUUUGACAAGCUAUCCAGCAUUGCCACUGAUGGAGCACCAUCUAUGGUUGGAUGUGAGAAUGGCAUGGCCACCUUGCUGAAAAACCACCUUGGGGACAGGCAAAAAGAGUUAGUCCAGUAUCAUUGUAUAAUUCACCAACAGCAACUUUGUGCAAAGAAGCUGGGAGUUGAACAUCUGCUGAAAGAUGUCUAUGAUACUGUGAACUUAAUCCGCCAUCAUGGACUCAACCAUCGACUCUUCACAUCAUUUCUUGAAGAAAGAGAUGCUGAUUAUGCUGACCUGCCCAUGUAUACUGAAGUUCAUUGGCUGAGCAAGGCAACAGUCCUCAAGAGAUUUGUGGAGCGAUUGAGGCCUAUUAUCACUUUCCUCAAAGAACAGGGGAACACUACAAGGAAUUUGGAGGGACAACGAUGGCAAGUGUGAUUUAGCUUUCCUUGCUGAUAUUACUGCUUAUCUAAACAACCUUAAUUUGAGAUUGCAGAGAAAGAUGCAAU